UUUGUUUAUCAACUUCAACUUAUUCGAGAAAAAUUCAAAGACUUUACAGACAUAAUUAAGCGAUCAGUUUAUUUUUAUAUUUUAUACAUACAAAUGUUAUGAUAAGUAACCUGGGGAUAAAGUUUAUUUCAUUAAUAAAAUGCCAAUUAAGUGAAAGCCGCUAAAAUGUGAUUACCACUGUACAAUGGAAUUGGUACACAAAUGAAGCUACCACACGAUUUGUUAUUCAAAAAUAUGAGUCAUUGUUGCAUUUAGCACUUAAAUAUGUACUUGAUGUGUUCAUAAUUUAGUGUCAAGGAGAGACGUUAGCUAAAAUGUGUUAUCUGGCAUCCUCAGUUAUCUCCAUGUAACGGUCGUAAGAUAUCGUCGAUACAUAAAAUAUUUGGGGCUCCGCAAAAAUUUGUGUUAGUUUUAUUACCUAGCAAUAUGUCAGCAUAUCCCAAUCAAACAAACAGCCCCCCACAAACGAUGGGUUCAACUAAUACAGUUUUCAUAACGGAAACAAGGUUUGACCCUUCAUAUAUAAAAACACCUCCUGGGAUAAUGAAGAUUGUAGUCAUUGUUUUAAAUCUUCUUGGCUUCAUCUGCAUUCAAUCUUCAGCAUUUUGGAACAAUGGUAGAGGAGUGUAUUUCAACAUAGUUGCUCACAUAGGACUCUGGUUCUCGGGGAUUCUUCUUCUGUUGUACUUGUUUCAUAUAGUUGAGAAGUACCACAAGUUCAAGUGGCUUGUUAUAGAGAUGAUUGUCUGUGGUGUUAUCGCAUUUCUCUACCUGAUUGCGUCAACUAUUGUUGUUGCUUUUGGCUCAGCUGCGUAUUCUGCUGGUGGGUUCUUCGGGUACUUGGCGAUGGUGGUGUAUGGGGCGGACGCGUUCUUCAAGAUGCGGGCGUGGCGCGCCGGAGAACUCGCGCAGGGCCACCGGGUGAUGACCAAACAGACGCACGUCACCACACCGCCCGCGUUGCCGUAGACCACAUCACAUCUCACAUGGCUGAACUAGAUAACCUACAUCUACACAUUGAUGAAAUAUAUUCUGCAUUCAAAAAUAUUCAUCAUCGGUUGUUUUGUGCGAAUAUUAAGA